GGGAAUCUGGCGCGUGGGGAGUGGUUUUGGCAGGGAAGCAGCUAGACAGCGCCCCCCUUCCCUCUUUUCCAACGGGCGGAGGCUCAUGGAGCCAGAGAAGGAAAGGACCGGGAGGACCCCCAAGAAGGGCAGGAAGAGGAGGCGGGUCCCGAAUAAGCUGGUCGGGGCGUCUGAGGUGAUGAGAGACCGUUGGGAUCUUGAGGAGAGGCAGCAGCCUGAGGCCAAGAAAGCCCGCUUAUCUACCAUUUUAUUUACUGAAAACCGUGAAAUAACUCAUGGCCAGCUAUGUGAAUUGCUGAAGUAUGCAGUUCUGGGCAAAUCCAGUGUUCCUAAACCUAGCUGGUGCCAGCUUUUUCACCAAAACCACCUGAACAACGUGGUGGUUUUUAUACUGCAGGGAAUGAGUCAGCUACACUUUUACAGGUUCUAUUUGGAGUUUGGGUCUCUCCGAAAGACAUUCAGACACAAGUUCUGCUUGUCUCCCCCAUCAUCUGAUUUCCUAGCUGAUAUCAUUGGGCUGCAAAAGAAACAAAUAAUUGGGGAUCUGCCUAAAGGAAUGGAAGGGUCUUUACCUUCUUCCAGCUCAGAAGUCAGCAUCAUCCUGCAGAAUGACCCCAUCAUUCAAAAGUAUGGCUCUAAGAAAGUAAGCUUGACCAGAUGCCUUCUUACAAAGGAGGAAAUGAAAAUAUAUCACUUUCCGUUACAAGGUUUUCCUGACUGUGAAAACUUUGUGCCUACGAAAUGUUGUGGUUCUAUAACUGACAACAGUCCUCUCUUUGGGCUUGACUGUGAAAUGUGCCUGACAUCCAAGGGGCGAGAACUAACACGCAUCUCAUUGGUUGCUGAAGGAGGCUUCUGUGUUAUGGAUGAACUUGUUAAACCUGACAACAAGAUUGUGGACUACCUCACCAGUUUCUCAGGAAUCACAAAGAAGAUUCUUAACCCAGUGACAACCAAACUCAAAGAUGUACAGAGACAGUUAAAAGCACUGCUUCCUCCCAACGCUGUGUUAGUGGGCCACUCCUUAGACUUAGAUCUCAGAGCACUGAAAAUGAUACAUCCGUAUGUUAUUGAUACAUCAUUGCUUUAUGUCAGAGAGCAGGGCAGAAGAUUUAAGCUCAAGUUCUUAGCCAAAGUUAUUUUGGGGAAGGAUAUACAGUGUCCAGAUAGGUUUGGUCAUGAUGCCACAGAAGAUGCUAGAACAACCCUUGAAUUGGCUCAGUAUUUCCUCAAAUAUGGCCCAAAGAAGAUUGCAGAACUAAAUCUGGAGGCACUAGCUAGUCACCAAGAACUAGAAGCAGCAGGCCUAGAGCCGAGAAAUACAGCAGAAGUAGUUCAGCAGCUAAACACAAGUGUUUUAGAAUGCUUGGACUCAAUGGGCCAGAAGCUCCUUUUCUUGACUCAGGAGGCAGAUGCUACUGAACUUUCUUCUUCCAAAAACUGUCAUACUAUUAAGUGCCUUUCAAAUAAAGAGGUUCUUGAGCAGGCUAGAGUGGAAAUCCCCCUGUUUACCUUCAGCAUCGUGCAGUUCUCUUUUGAACCCUUUCCACCCAACCUCAGUGAGGAGAUGAGCAAAAGACUGAGGAUCAAGUGGAUGGAGAUGUCAACUGUCUAUGCUGGGCCAUUUAGCAAAAAUUGUAACCUUAGAGCUCUGAAGAGGCUGUUUAAGAGUUUUGGUUCAGUCCGGUCAGUGACUCUUAUUCUUGAAAGCCAUCAGCCACAUCUCUGUAUACAAUACGAAGUCCUGGAAGGUGCCCAGCUGGCCAUAGAGUCUUUGGAUGGCAGCCUGGUAGAAGGUACCUGCAUCAAGGUGCAGAGGCCUGUGACAGAGCUCACCCUUGAUUGUGACACCCUUGUGAAUGAGCUGGAACAAGAUUCUGAGAACCGAGGUACUAUAUACCUGUCUGGAGUGAGUGAAACCUUCAAGGAACGCCUGUUGCAACAGUCCAGCCUCUUCCUGGGCCUGAAAGCUGUGAUCUUGCCUAAAGAUCUUAAAAAUGGAAAGCAGAAAAAAUACUGUUUCUUGAGAUUCAAAACUUUUGGCAGUGCCCAGAGGGCCCUUGGCAUUCUCACAGGCAAGAACUGGAAGCUGAAAGGCAGGCAUGCCCUAACUCCCAGGCACCUCCAUUCAUGGCUCAGGGGCUCACCUGAAUCAAGGCCCCCAGGGGUUCGUGUCAUACCUCCCCACUCAGAGCAGGAGGCCUUGCAGCUGCUGAAGAUGGACCACCCAAAGAUAGCAUCCUGGCGCUGGGGCAGGAAGAUAGAAAAUCUCUACCACAGCCUGUGCUCAGGCACCCUCUGCCUCAUCCUGCUGCCAGGAACUGACAGCACUCAUGGAUCGCUCUCUGGCCUAGGACUGAUGGGAAUAAAAGAUGAAGAGGAAAGCAACACCCCAAAUGAGUGUUUGUGAGUCUGCCCACCAUUUUCCAUGUGCCAUUUCUUAAUCCCUCGUGGGCAAUGGCAGAGAAUUUGGUCAGGCUGCAGGCACUCCAGAGGCUGCCAGACCUCUAUAUAGUAGACAGUUUGUGGAAACAUUGUACCAGCUUAAGGAGUCUAGUCCAUUUAUAUGACAUGUACAAAUUUUCAAUAAAUGCCUAAAAUUCAGAC